AGCAGAGCUAAAGGGCCCUCGCGGGGGAAAGGGGAAGUGGCGAGGGGAAGGAGGCCGGAGAGCGCCUCAUCCCACUCUGGACGUUGAGCCGGCGGCGGGAGGAGCUCGGGCUGGAGCCUCUCCAGCCUCCCGCGAAGGUUUCAGCACAAAAUGAACAUAAUUAGGGAAAAUAAGGAUUUAGCAUGUUUCUACACAACAAAACAUUCAUGGAGGGGAAAGUAUAAGCGUGUCUUUUCAGUUGGAACCCAUGCGAUUACUACAUAUAAUCCCAAUACCCUAGAAGUAACAAAUCAGUGGCCUUAUGGAGACAUUUGCAGCAUCAGCCCUGUUGGAAAAGGACAAGGAACAGAGUUCAACCUCACAUUUCGUAAAGGCAGUGGAAAAAAGUCAGAAACAUUAAAAUUUUCUACAGAGCACAGAACAGAACUUCUUACAGAAGCAUUGAGAUUUAGAACUGAUUUUUCAGAAGGAAAAAUCACAGGAAGGAGAUAUAACUGCUAUAAGCAUCACUGGAGUGAUAUAAGAAAACCUGUCAUUUUGGAAGUAACACCAGGAGGCUUUGACCAAAUUAAUCCUGCGACCAACAGAGUCCUCUGUUCCUAUGACUAUAGAAAUAUUGAAGGCUUUGUAGAUCUCUCUGAUUAUCAAGGAGGGUUUUGUAUACUUUAUGGCGGAUUUAGUAGAUUGCAUUUAUUUGCAUCAGAACAAAGAGAAGAAAUUAUCAAAAGUGCAAUAGAUCAUGCUGGCAACUAUAUAGGUAUUUCAUUGCGGAUCAGAAAAGAACCUUUAGAAUUUGAGCAAUAUUUGAAUCUUCGCUUUGGGAAAUACAGCACUGAUGAAUCCAUCACAUCUUUAGCAGAGUUUGUAGUCCAAAAAAUAUCACCUAGACAUUCGGAACCUAUAAAAAGAAUUCUAGCACUUACAGAAACAUGUUUAGUGGAACGUGAUCCAGCAACCUAUAAUAUUGCAACAUUGAAGCCCUUAGGAGAAGUAUUUGCAUUGGUUUGUGACUCAGAAAACCCACAACUUUUUACCAUUGAAUUUAUAAAAGGCCAAAUACGGAAAUACUCUUCAACAGAAAGAGAUUCCUUAUUAGCAAGUUUGUUGGAUGGAGUAAGAGCCUCUGGUAACAGAGAUGUUUGUGUAAAAAUGACAUCAACUCAUAAAGGUCAACGAUGGGGGUUACUCAGCAUGCCCGUUGAUGAAGAAGUAGAGAGCCUUCAUCUCAGAUUCUUGGCUACACCUCCAAAUGGCAACUUUGCAGAUGCUGUAUUCAGGUUCAACGCUAAUAUUUCAUAUAGUGGAGUUCUCCAUGCUGUAACGCAGGAUGGUCUCUUCUCAGAAAACAAAGAAAAACUGAUCAAUAAUGCCAUAACGGCAUUAUUGUCCCAAGAGGGGGAUGUUGUUGCUUCCAAUGCAGAACUUGAGAGUCAGUUCCAGGCUGUGAGGAGGCUUGUGGCUUCCAAAGCUGGUUUUCUAGCCUUUACUCAGCUUCCAAAGUUUCGGGAGCGUCUAGGAGUGAAGGUAGUAAAAGCACUCAAGAGGAGCAACAAUGGAGUAAUCCACGCAGCCGUUGAUAUGCUCUGUGCCCUCAUGUGUCCCAUGCAUGAUGACUAUGACUUAAGACAAGAACAGCUAAACAAAGCUUCUCUUCUCUCUUCAAAGAAGUUUCUGGAAAACUUACUGGAGAAAUUUAAUUCCCAUGUGGAUCAUGGGACUGGUGCCCUAGUUAUUAGUUCACUCUUGGACUUCCUUACUUUUGCCCUCUGUGCUCCAUAUAGUGAGACAACAGAAGGGCAGCAGUUUGAUAUGCUCUUGGAGAUGGUAGCAUCCAACGGAAGAACACUUUUUAAACUCUUUCAGCAUCCUUCCAUGGCAAUUAUAAAGGGAGCUGGAUUGGUUAUGAAGGCAAUAAUAGAGGAAGGUGACAAAGAAAUUGCUACAAAAAUGCAGGAGCUUGCCCUAAGUGAAGGUGCCUUACCUCGACAUUUGCAUACUGCGAUGUUCACAAUAAGCUCAGAUCAAAGGAUGCUUACAAAUAGACAGCUGAGUAGACAUUUAGUGGGACUCUGGACAGCUGAUAAUGUAACUGCAACAAACUUGUUGAAACGCAUUUUGCCACCAGGCUUGCUAGCUUACUUGGACAGCUCAGAUCCAGUUCCUGAGAAGGAUGCUGAUCGGAUGCAUGUUAGAGAUAAUGUGAAAAUAGCAAUGGAUCAGUAUGGAAAAUUUAAUAAAGUUCCAGAGUGGCAAAGACUAGCUGGUAAAGCUGCUAAAGAAGUUGAAAAAUUUGCCAAAGAAAAAGUGGAUCUUGUGUUAAUGCAUUGGAGGGAUAGAAUGGGCAUUGCACAAAAAGAGGACAGAAACAAUAUGAAUAUAAAUCAAAAGCCAGUAGUUCUUCGAAAGAGAAGACAGAGAAUAAAAAUAGAAGCAAACUGGGAUCUCUUCUAUUAUAGGUUUGGUCAGGACCAUGCCAGGUCAAACUUAAUUUGGAAUUUCAAAACACGAGAAGAAUUGAGAGAUAGUCUUGAAUCUGAAAUGAGAGCAUUUAAUAUUGAUAGAGAGCUUGGUAGUGCUAAUGUGAUCUCCUGGAACCACCAUGAAUUUGAGGUAAAUUUUAAUUUUCGUAAUAUAUGCACAGAUAAACUUGAACGAGAUAGGUUGAUCAUCUUCCUUAACAGAUUGAUCCUUAAUAAGAAAAAUGUUAAGGACCUUAUGGAUUCAAAUGGAAUUAGAAUCCUUGUGGACUUGCUUACCCUUGCACAUCUCCAUGUAAACCGAGCUACAGUACCACUGCAAAGCAAUGUAAUUGAAGCUGCUCCAGAUAUGAAAAGAGAGAGUGAAAAGGAAUGGUACUUUGGCAAUGCAGACAAAGAAAGGAGUGGCCCAUAUGGAUUUCAUGAGAUGCAAGAAUUGUGGACCAAAGGAAUGUUAAAUGCAAAAACCAGGUGCUGGGCUCAAGGCAUGGAUGGAUGGCGACCACUUCAGGCAAUACCCCAGCUUAAGUGGUGUCUGUUAGCCAGUGGACAGGCUGUACUAAAUGAAACUGACCUUGCUACCCUUAUAUUGAACAUGUUGAUCACAAUGUGUGGAUAUUUUCCAAGCAGGGAUCAAGAUAAUGCCAUCAUUCGACCUUUACCUAGAGUGAAAAGGCUGCUGUCAGACAAUGCUUGCCUUCCCCAUAUUAUUCAGCUACUGCUGACCUUUGACCCUAUCCUUGUUGAGAAGGUUGCAGUUUUGUUAUAUCGUAUUAUGCAAGAUAACCCACAGUUACCUCGACUUUAUCUUAGUGGAGUAUUUUUCUUUAUCAUGAUGUAUACAGGUUCCAAUGUGCUUCCUGUUGCUCGAUUUUUGAAGUACACACAUACCAAACAGGCUUUCAAGUCAGAGGAGACGAAAGGACAAGAUAUUUUUCAGAGAAGUAUACUUGGGCACAUUCUACCAGAAGCAAUGGUUUGUUACUUAGAAAAUUACGAUGCUGAAAAGUUUGCUGAGAUUUUUCUAGGAGAAUUUGAUACUCCAGAAGCAAUCUGGAGCAGUGAAAUGAGGCGCCUUAUGAUAGAGAAGAUUGCUGCCCAUCUUGCUGAUUUCACACCUCGUCUUCAGAGUAACACAAGAGCACUUUAUCAAUAUUGUCCCAUCCCAGUUAUCAACUACCCACAGCUAGAAAAUGAACUAUUUUGUAAUAUUUAUUACCUCAAACAACUUUGUGAUACAUUCCGGUUUCCAGAUUGGCCAAUUAAAGACCCGGUUAAGCUUCUAAAAGAUACCCUUGAUGCCUGGAAGAAGGAAGUAGAAAAGAAGCCACCUACAAUGUCAAUAGAUGAUGCUUAUGAAGUGCUUAAUCUCCCUCAAGGACAGGGACCGCAUGAUGAGAGCAAGAUUAGAAAAGCUUACUUCAGACUUGCACAGAAGUACCACCCUGAUAAGAAUCCAGAAGGGAGGGAUAUGUUUGAAAAGGUAAAUAAAGCCUAUGAAUUUUUAUGUACCAAAUCAGCAAAAAUAACAGAUGGACCAGAUCCAGAGAAUAUAAUUUUAAUUCUGAAAACACAGAGCAUCCUCUUCAACCGUCAUAAAGAAGAUUUACAGCCUUAUAAAUAUGCAGGCUACCCCAUGCUAAUUAGGACAAUAACAAUGGAAACUUCAGAUGACCUCCUUUUCUCAAAAGAAUCACCAUUGUUGCCUGCUGCUGCAGAGCUGGCUUUCCAUACUGUUAACUGCUCAGCCCUCAAUGCUGAAGAGCUCAGAAGGGAGAAUGGAAUUGAGGUGUUACAAGAGGCAUUUAGUCGCUGUGUGGCUGUCUUGAAUCAUUCUAGUAAACCAAGUGACAUGUCUGUACAGGUGUGUGGACACAUAAGCAAAUGCUAUAGUGUGGCCGCUCAGUUUGAAGAAUGCCGAGAGAAGAUCACAGAAAUGCCUGGCAUCAUCAGGGAUCUCUGUCGGGUGCUCUAUUUUGGCAAGAGUAUUCCACGAGUGGCAGCUCUUGGGGUAGAAUGUGUCAGCUCUUUUGCUGUGGAUUUCUGGCUACAGACACACCUAUUGCAAGCUGGAAUUUUGUGGCAUCUGCUUGGUUAUCUGUUUAAUUAUGACUACACACUAGAAGAGAGUGGUAUUCAGAAAAGUGAAGAAACAAACCAGCAGGAAGUAGCCAACAGUCUUGCCAAACUGAGUGUCCGUGCUCUGAGUCGCCUUGGAGGGUAUCUGCCUGAAGAACAAGCAACACCAGAAAAUCCAACCAUAAGGAAAAGUGUAGCUGGCAUGCUGACCCCCUAUGUUGCUAGAAAACUUGCUGUAGUUAGUGCUACUGAGAUUUUGAAGAUGCUUAACAGUAACACAGAGAACCCCUAUUUGAUAUGGAACAAUUCUACAAGAGCAGAGCUACUUGAAUUUCUUGAAUCCCAACAAGAAAACAUGAUUAAAAAAGGUGACUGUGACAAAACCUAUGGAUCAGAAUUUGUCUACAGUGAUCAUGCCAAAGAACUUAUUGUAGGGGAGAUUUUUGUUAGGGUCUAUAAUGAAGUCCCUACUUUCCCACUCGAGGUUCCAAAAGCAUUUGCUGCAAGUCUCUUGGAUUAUAUAGGCUCCCAGGCCCAGUACCUCCACACAUUCAUGGCUAUCACUCAUUCUGCAAAAGUGGAGUCAGAGCAACAUGGAGACCGCUUGCCAAGAGUGGAAAUGGCUUUGGAGGCUCUGAGAAAUGUUAUAAAGUAUAAUCCAGGCUCUGAAAGUGAAUGCAUUGGGCACUUUAAGUUAAUAUUUUCUCUUCUUCGAGUCCAUGGAGCUGGUCAAGUCCAGCAGUUGGCUUUAGAGGUUGUGAAUAUAGUGACGUCUAACCAAGACUGUGUCAACAAUAUUGCUGAAUCAAUGGUUUUGUCCAAUUUAUUGGCUCUUCUACAUUCUUUGCCAUCAAGUCGUCAGCUUGUUCUGGAAACUCUUUAUGCUUUGACAUCAAGUACAAAAAUAAUCAAAGAAGCAAUGGCAAAAGGAGCUUUGAUUUAUUUACUAGACAUGUUCUGCAAUUCAACACAUCCACAGGUUCGAGCCCAGACAGCUGAACUUUUUGCUAAAAUGACAGCAGAUAAACUAAUAGGUCCAAAGGUUCGAAUUACAUUGAUGAAAUUUCUCCCGAGCGUUUUUAUGGAUGCCAUGAGAGACAACCCUGAAGCUGCCGUCCAUAUUUUUGAAGGAACUCAUGAAAAUCCUGAGUUAAUUUGGAAUGACAGCUCCAGAGAUAAAGUGUCCAUGACAGUUAGAGAAAUGGUGCUCGAGCACUUUAAAAAUCAGCAAGACAACCCUGAUGUAAACUGGAAGUUGCCUGAGGAUUUUGCUGUGGUGUUUGCAGAAGCAGAAGGUGAACUUGCUGUUGGAGGAGUUUUCUUGAGAAUCUUUAUUGCACAGCCAGCUUGGGUUCUAAGAAAGCCUAGAGAAUUUCUUAUUGCACUGCUAGAAAAGUUAACUGAGCUCCUGGAGAAGAACAAUCCUCAUGGAGAAACUCUGGAAACUUUGACAAUGGCAACAGUAUGCCUCUUCAAUGCACAGCCUCAGCUGGCUGAUCAGGUCCCACCAUUGGGCCAUCUUCCCAAAGUUAUCCAGGCGAUGAAUCAUAGGAACAAUGCCAUCCCUAAGAGUGCCAUUCGAGUUAUUCAUGCCCUGUCUGAAAACGAGCUGUGUGUUCGAGCCAUGGCAUCUUUGGAGACGAUUGGCCCACUGAUAAAUGGAAUGAAAAAGAGACCAGAUACUGUUGGUCUAGCCUGUGAAGCAAUUAACCGAAUGUUUCAGAAGGAGCAGAGUGAAUUAGUGGCACAAGCCUUGAAAGCAGAUUUGGUCCCAUACCUCUUAAAAUUACUUGAAGGCAUUGGCCUUGAAAAUCUGGACAGCCCAGCAGCCACAAAGGCUCAGAUUGUUAAAGCUCUCAAGGCAAUGACUCGAAGCCUGCAGCAUGGAGAACAGGUGAAUGAAAUCCUGUCUCGUUCUUCAGUCUGGAGUGCCUUCAAAGAUCAGAAACAUGACUUGUUUAUUUCUGAGUCACAAACAGCAGGAUACCUCACAGGACCUGGAGUUGCUGGCUACCUUACUGCAGGGACAUCGUCAUCAGUCAUGUCUAACCUGCCGCCUCCCGUAGACCAUGAGGCAGGCGACCUUGGCUAUCAGACUUGAAACUUUCUUGAGAGACAGUAAACGCUGAAAGGCCAGUGCCCCGUCCACAUUCCUCCAGCUGAUACGUUGAAGAAAACUCUUAACUGCCUUUCUUCUGGUUUCAUGACAGUGUUAUUCCUUUUUCUAUAAGUAUAUUUUUAUUUAGGAAAAAAGUCAGUGAUUCUAAUUGUAUCACGUUAUAAGAAAGCACUCUGUGGAUCAACCUAAGCAGGUACACAAGAAUUUUUUUUCUUGAUGUAUGUAAGCACAUUUUGUUCCUUUAUAUCUGUUUACAAGACUGUGAAUCAAAAAGACAAAACUUUCUUCCUAGUUUUUAUAAUGUUUUUUUGAACUAGUGUGACUGUGGGGUUGAACUGCAGUCUACAGAAAUUGGGAAAUCUAAGUCACCCCUAAGAAGGGCAUUUCCCUCUCCUGCAUCGAGUCUGUGUGGCUGUUCUCCUACCUAUUAGGUUUUGUCCUUGCACCUGUUCGCUGGUAUCCUCUCCUCAAUUAUUAACCUUCUGAGAGCUCACAGCAUACGUCGGUAUGUAUAACUGGCUUUACCAAAUUGAAUGAAAAAGGAGUUGUGCAAAAAAAUUUAAAAAUGGAUGUCAAGAUGUUAUGUAAGAGAUUAGUGUAAUUGUGAAAUGUUCUAUACAUUAUCAAAUAUAUAAAGCUUUCUAUAUUGAAUGUACAUUAUACAGAUCAUUCUUAUGUGUACAUAAAAUUUUAAAAAUAAAGGGAAUUGACUGCUUUGUUAAUGAGA